GUUCAAAAGAGCCGGGGAGGGAGCCAGACAGGGAGCAGCGUCUCCGCUCCCGGCCACCUCCUCCCCCGCCUCCAUAUGCGUCUUGGGUGCGGCUCAAGCAAGCACCAGCUCGACGCAAAGCUCCCCCUCCCCCGCCACCUCACUGCCCCGCACUCCACUCCCACAUGCCCCGCCAUCGCCCCGCCCCCUCCCACUAGCCACCGAGAGGGCUUCCCGGCCCCAUGCGGCGGUGAGCUCCAGCUCGCCCACGCCGUGCCGCCGCUGCUGAUCGGAUAGGCGGGGGGAAGGAAGGAAGGAAAGAAGCGCUCGUUUCAGACUUUUUUGGCGGGUUUCUUGAUCGCCGGAGCGGGAAUGGCGCACCGGCGCGGGUGGUUCCUGGCGGUGGCGCUAUUGCUGACCGCGCUCGCGCUCCGGCCGGCCGCGGCGCUGUCGUCAGACGGCAGGGCGCUGCUGUCGCUGCUCCCGGCCGCGCCGUCGCCGGUGCUGCCGUCCUGGGACCCGUCGGCCGCGACCCCCUGCUCGUGGCAGGGGGUCACCUGCUCGCCGCAGAGCCGGGUGGUGUCGCUCUCCCUGCCCAACACCUUCCUCAACCUCUCCGCCCUCCCGCCGCCGCUCGCCUCGCUCUCCUCGCUCCAGCUGCUCAACCUCUCCACCUGCAACAUCUCCGGGACUAUCCCGCCCUCCUACGCCUCCCUCGCCGCUCUCCGCGUGCUCGACCUCUCGUCCAACGCGCUCUACGGCGCCAUCCCCGGCGAGCUCGGCGCGCUCUCCGGGCUCCAGUACCUGUUCCUCAACUCCAACCGCUUUACGGGUGCCAUCCCGCGCUCCCUCGCCAACCUCUCCGCGCUCGAGGUGCUCUGCGUCCAGGACAACCUCUUCAACGGCACCAUCCCGGCGUCCCUGGGCGCGCUCACCGCGCUCCAGCAGCUCCGCGUCGGGGGCAACCCGGGGCUGUCGGGGCCAAUCCCGCCCUCCCUCGGCGCGCUCUCCAACCUCACCGUAUUCGGCGGCGCGGCCACCGGUCUGUCUGGCCCCAUCCCUGAGGAGCUCGGCAACCUCGUGAACCUCCAGACGCUCGCAUUGUACGACACCGGCUUGUCCGGCCCCGUGCCGGCGGCGCUCGGCGGGUGCGUGGAGCUGCGCAACCUCUACCUCCACAUGAACAAGCUCUCCGGGCCGAUACCGCCCGAGCUCGGGAGGCUGCAGAAGAUCACCAGCCUGCUGCUCUGGGGCAAUGCCCUCUCCGGGAAGAUCCCGCCGGAGCUCUCCAACUGCUCGGCAUUGGUGGUGCUCGACCUGUCGGGCAACCGUCUCUCGGGCCAGGUGCCGGGGGCGCUCGGGCGUCUCGGCGCGCUCGAGCAGCUCCACCUGUCGGACAACCAGCUCACGGGGCGCAUACCGGCGGUGCUCAGCAACUGCAGCAGCCUCACCGCCCUGCAGCUCGACAAGAACGGCCUCUCCGGGGAGAUACCGGCGCAGCUCGGGGAGCUCAAGGCGCUGCAGGUGCUGUUCCUCUGGGGCAAUGCGCUGUCCGGCUCGAUACCGCCGUCGCUGGGCGACUGCACCGAGCUGUACGCGCUGGACCUGUCCAAGAACCGGCUCACCGGCGGCAUCCCCGACGAGGUCUUCGGGCUCCAGAAGCUCAGCAAGCUGCUCCUGCUCGGCAACGCGCUGUCGGGGCCGCUUCCUCCGAGCGUCGCCGACUGCGUGUCGCUGGUCCGGCUCCGGCUCGGCGAGAACCUGCUCGCCGGCGAGAUACCCAGGGAGAUCGGCAAGCUGCAGAACAUGGUGUUCCUGGACCUGUACUCGAACAGGUUCACCGGACACCUCCCCGCCGAGCUCGCCAACAUCACGGUGCUGGAGCUGCUCGACGUGCACAACAACAGCUUCACGGGGCCCAUCCCGCCGCAGUUCGGGGCGCUCAUGAACCUGGAGCAGCUUGACCUCAGCAUGAACAAGCUCACGGGCGAGAUGCCGGCGAGCUUCGGCAACUUCAGCUACCUCAACAAGCUCAUCCUCAGCCGGAACAUGCUCUCCGGGCCACUGCCCAGGUCGGUUCAGAACCUGCAGAAGCUGACCAUGCUGGACCUGAGCAACAACAGCUUCUCCGGCGCGAUACCGCCGGAGAUCGGCGUGCUGUCAAGCCUGAGCAUCAGCCUGGACCUGAGCGGGAACAGGUUCGCCGGCGAGCUGCCGGAGGAGAUGUCCGGCCUGACGCAGCUGCAGUCGCUCGACCUGUCGAGCAAUGGCCUGCACGGCAGCAUCUCGGUGCUCGGGGCGCUCACCAGCCUGACGUCCCUCAACAUCUCGUUCAAUAACUUCUCCGGCGCCAUCCCCGUGACGCCGUUCUUCAAGACGCUGUCGUCAAACUCCUACGCCGGCAAUCCCAGCCUGUGUGAGUCCUACGACGGGCACAUCUGCGCGUCAGACAUGGUUCGCCGGACCACACUCAAGACCGUCAGGACAGUGAUCCUCGUCUGCGCCAUUUUAGGCUCGAUCACUCUGCUGCUUGUGGUGGUCUGGAUCCUGUUCAACAGAAGCAGGAGGCUCGAGGGCGAGAAGGCGACGAGCCUGUCGGCCGCCGGCGGCAACGAUUUCUCGUACCCGUGGACGUUCACGCCGUUCCAGAAGCUCAACUUCUGCGUGGACAGCAUCCUGGAGUGCCUCAAGGAUGAGAAUGUGAUCGGCAAAGGCUGCUCGGGGGUGGUGUACAGAGCGGAGAUGCCCAACGGCGACAUCAUCGCCGUGAAGAAGCUCUGGAAGACGACCAAGGAGGAGCCGAUCGACGCGUUCGCCGCCGAGAUUCAGAUACUGGGUCACAUCAGGCACCGGAACAUUGUCAAGCUGCUCGGUUACUGCUCGAACAAGUCUGUCAAGCUCUUGCUCUACAACUACGUCCCCAAUGGUAAUCUGCAGGAGCUCCUCAGCGAGAACAGGAGCCUGGACUGGGACACACGGUACAAGAUCGCGGUCGGGGCGGCGCAGGGGCUCUCCUAUCUGCACCAUGACUGCGUCCCGGCGAUACUCCACCGGGACGUCAAGUGCAACAACAUACUGCUUGAUUCGAAGUAUGAGGCCUACUUGGCUGACUUUGGGCUGGCCAAGCUAAUGAACUCCCCCAACUAUCAUCAUGCCAUGUCGCGCAUCGCCGGUUCUUACGGAUACAUUGCUCCAGAGUACGGCUACACGGCGAACAUCACGGAGAAGAGCGACGUGUACAGCUACGGCGUGGUGCUCCUGGAGAUCCUGAGCGGGCGGAGCGCCAUCGAGCCGAUGGUCAGCGACAGCCUCCACAUCGUGGAGUGGGCCAAGAAGAAGAUGGGGAGCUACGAGCCGGCGGUGAACAUCCUGGACCCCAAGCUGCGCGGCAUGCCGGACCAGCUGGUCCAGGAGAUGCUGCAGACGCUGGGCAUCGCCAUCUUCUGCGUGAACCCGGCGCCGGCGGAGCGGCCGACCAUGAAGGAGGUCGUGGCCUUCCUCAAGGAGGUGAAGAGCCCGCCGGAGGAGUGGGCCAAGACGUCGCAGCAGCCGCUCAUCAAGCCCGGCAGCCAGGAAGCCUGAUGAGAGCAGUGUCGCAGCUGAUUCAGUGGCGCGUCUUCUGCAACAAGAGAAAUGGAGGGAGAUGAUAUUUGAAAGGAAAAAGGAGUAGGGUUUUUGAUAAUUGCCUAGCUAGCUUUGGUUAGGGGUUUCUUGUACAGUUUCAGAUGACGUUUGUAGCUCGUUCUGGGGGACUUGAAUGGGAAA